GCAAAGAUUGCCAAGUGAAGAUGUGCCAUGCUGGUAGACUCACUCAAAAAGACAGCUGUCAUAAAAUUAAAAGGAGCAGUACAGUAAUGGAUGUGACCGGGUCUCACCAGGGAAUUCCACCUGCCGUUGUAAAGCUUUGGGCUUCAGCAUUUGGGGGAGAGAUGAAGUCUAUAGCAGCUAAGUACUCCGGAUCACAGCUCCUACAGAAGAAAUACAAAGAGUUUGAACGUUCAGUAAAGGUUGAAGAAAUCGACGGUCUUAAACUGGUGAAGAAACUGGCAGAAAACAUGGAGGAGAUGUUUCGAAAAAAAGCAGAUGCAAUGAAGCGGUUGGUAGAGGCAGCAGAAGAGGCCCACCUGCAGCAUGAAGAAGACCCUAACCUUCAGCAUAAGUAUUUCAAUGCUGUGCUCAUCAAUGAGGUGGAUGAGGCAGGGAAUAGCCUGGAGCUAGGUGGAGAGUUCAUCCUGCAGCCAAAUGACCAUUUUAACAACCUGUCAGUUAACCUCAGCCUCAGCGUGGUCCAGGUCCCCACCAACAUGUACAACAAAGACUCAGCAAUAGUAAAUGGGGUAUACUGGUCAGAGGCCCUAAAUAAGGUGUUCGUUGAUAACUUUGAGAGAGACCCAUCUCUUAUAUGGCAGUACUUUGGCAGUGCCAAAGGCUUCUUCAGACAGUACCCAGGUAUUAAGUGGACACCAGAUGAACAUGGGGUUAUAGCAUUUGAUUGUCGGAAUCGAAAAUGGUACAUACAGGCAGCUACAUCUCCUAAGGAUGUGGUGAUCCUAGUGGAUGUGAGUGGCAGCAUGAAAGGUCUCAGACUGACUAUAGCCAAGCAGACAGUCUCUUCUAUACUGGACACACUGGGAGAUGAUGACUUUUUUAACAUCAUUGCUUACAAUGAGGAACUGCGCUAUGUGGAGCCAUGCCUGAAUGGUACUCUGGUGCAAGCUGAUGUCACAAACAAAGAUCAUUUCCGUGAACACCUUGAUAAGCUGUAUGCAAAGGGUAUAGGAAUGCUGGAUAUGGCUCUAACUGAGGCCUUUGAACUACUUAAUGAUUUUAAUCAGACAGGUCGGGGAAGCGUGUGCAGUCAGGCCAUUAUGCUAGUGACCGAUGGAGCAGUGGAGAUGUAUGAAGCCGUCUUUGCCAAAUACAACUGGCCGGACAAAAAGGUCCGUAUAUUCCCCUACCUGAUUGGGAGGGAGUCUGCCUUUGCUGAUAAUCUUAAAUGGAUGGCCUGUGCUAACAAAGGUUAUUUUACCCAGAUCUCCACCUUAGCUGAUGUUCAGGAAAAUGUAAUGGAGUACCUGCAUGUGCUCAGUAGACCAAAGGUGAUAGAUCAGGAGCAUGAUGUGGUUUGGACCGAGGCCUACAUUGAUAACACACUUCCUCAGGCUCAGAAGUUAGAGGACAGUCAGGGGCCUGUACUAAUGACCACAGUAGCCAUGCCUGUAUUCAGCACAAAGAAUGAAACCAAGAAUGAAGGAAUUUUGCUUGGUGUGGUCGGCACAGAUGUCCCAGUGUCUGAGCUUCUAAAAGCCAUUCCUAAGUACAAGCUAGGCAUCCAUGGCUAUGCAUUUGCUAUUACCAACAAUGGCUACAUCCUGACCCACCCAGACAUGCGACCUCUGUAUGAAGAAGGCAAGAAAAGGAGAAAGCCAAAUUACAGCAGUGUUGAUCUGUCUGAAGUUGAAUGGGAAGACAAGGAGGAUGUGCUACGCAAUGCUAUGGUGAACAGAAAGACCGGAACCUUCACUAUGGAAGUUAAGAAAGCUGUCGAUAAAGGGAGACGGGUCCUGGUUCUGCAUAAUGAUUAUUACUACACAGAUAUCAAGGGAACUCCUUUCAGCUUAGGUGUGGCCUUGUCAAGAGGACAUGGUAAAUAUUUUUUCAGAGGGAGCGUCACUGUAGAAGAAGGACUACAUGACUUGGAGCACCCUGAUGUAGCACUAGCACAUGAAUGGACGUACUGUAACAUAGAUGAACACCCUGAACAUCGAUACCUUUCCCAGAUUGAUGCUAUUAAACUGUACCUUGAUGGAGCAGAACCACCCCUCAAGUGUGAUAAGGAGCUGAUUCAGGAAGCCUUGUUUGAUGCUGUGGUGACUGCACCAAUAGAAGCUUACUGGACCAGCCUGGCUCUCAAUAAAUCAGAGAAUUCUGAUAAAGGUGUGGAGAUUGCCUACCUUGGUACCCGGGCUGGAUUGUCCCGAAUCAACUUGUUUGUUAUGCCUUACCAACUAAGUAAUCAAGACUUCCUGACGGCAGAGGAUAAAGAAGGAGUAUUUAAUGCUGAUCAUUUUCCUUUGUGGUACAAGAGAGCAGCAGAGCAAGUACCUGGAACCUUUGUCUACUCCCUUCCAUUUAAUUCAGGUUCUGAGAACAAGAGUGUGAUACUGGCUAGCACCGCAAUUCAGUUACUGGAUGAAAGGAAGUCACCUAUUGCUGCAGCUGUGGGAAUACAAAUGAAGCUGGAGUUCUUUCAGAGAAAGUUCUGGACUGCAAGCAGACAGUGUGCUGCUCUGGAUGGGAAAUGUUCCAUCAGCUGUGAUAAUGAUGAAAUAAACUGCUACCUCAUAGACAACAAUGGUUUCAUCCUUGUAGCUGAGGACUUUUCACUGACAGGGGUGUUUUUUGGAGAAGCUGAAGGAGCCGUUAUGAGCAAACUACUUUCUAUGGGUUCUUUUAAAAGGGUGACUCUGUACGACUACCAGGCCAUCUGCAGGAUCUACGCCGAGAGCAGUGACAGUUCAAGCAGUCUAUUAGACCCCUACUUUGCCUUAUUUGCGACUGUCAAGUGGCUGCUGACCGAGCUUGUCAUAUUUUUCGUGGAAUUCAACCUGUAUAACUGGUGGCACUUCGAUUUUACAGCAAAGGCCCAGAGAGAAGGUCGAAUGAUGUUGGUUCCAUGUGAUACUGAAUACCCUGCCUUCAUCUCAGAGCGAACCAUAAAGGAAACCACAGGCAACAUAGACUGUGAUGACUGCAUCAAAUCGUUUGUCAUCCAGCAAAUUCCUAGCAGUAACCUCUUCAUGGUGGUGGUGGACAACAAGUGUCAGUGCAGGAAUUUUGGACCCAUUACUAUGGACCCUAUUGAAAUCAUGUAUAAUGAAUCACUGAAAUGUGAGCGACUUAAGUUGCAGAAGGACAGGAGGCGUCCCGAAACAUGCCACCCCUUCCAUCCUGAGGAAAACUCAUUGGAAUGUGGCCUGGCAGUAAGUCUGACUCCGUCACUAAUACUGAUAUUGUUCACUCUGUUAGUUGCACUAGUUCCAAGGUGACAAGAGCUGCUCUGUCCCUAAACCCAGCUCAAACUGGAUCAACUUGACUUGGCAUGCAAAAGCGAUGACAUAAACCCCAACACUGAGCAAAAAAAACCCCAAUACGCUAUGAUAAAAUAUACACACAAUUGGUACAGCCUUGUGACAUGUAUGAUUUUUCCUUUUUGCUUUUAUUAUUAUUUUUAUUAUUAUUAUUUAAAUUUGAAGUUGUAUGUAUUUCUUUAUUAAUAUAUGGAUGAAAUUAUUUAUAUGAAUUUAAUAUUGAAGUAUCGCUGGUGUGCUUGGUAAUUAUUAUGUUUACAAGGAUGAAUAAUUAAACAAAUAAAACUAAUCAAUAAAAUAUAACUAAACAUAGAUGUAAAUACAAAAAAAUAAAUAAAUAAAGAAUUAAAAAAUGUCCAUUUAGGAUUUGCUAUAACCAUACAACUGUGAUACUGGACUGUAAGUGUACAAAUGUAAGUGGUUGUGUGUGAGCUUUGCCUUAUAAUGAGAGAAGUUAGUCCUGUUU